AUGGCGGACACGCUGAAUCCUCUCCUUGGGAGCCUGGCGAAGGACCCGAAGGCCACUGAGGACUACAGCAAGGAGGCCGAGGAGCUCUUAGCUCGCGUGGAUGGCAUGGCCCAGGCGGGCCGGCUCGAGGAAGCGGUGGAGAUGCUGCCCGGGGCCCAGGGGAGAAAUGUAGAGGCCUAA